AUGAAUCAGAGCCUUAGGCAUACAAAGGACGAGGCGGAUGACCGCUACCUUGGCGAAAGCCAGCCCAAACUCGCCCGAAGGGUGAUUGGGACUCAUAGCGGCGUUUUCCACUGCGAUGAAGUCUUGGCGAUUGCAAUGCUCAAACAACUACCAGAGUACAAAAACGCAGGCAUUAUUCGCACUCGGGAUAAAAGAGUGCUGGCCACUUGCGACAUCGUCGUUGAUGUGGGCUCUGUCUUUGAUGCGGCCUCUAAUCGUUUCGAUCAUCAUCAGCCAUCAUUUAAGCUUACUAUAAAGGAUUUCCAUCCUAAGCUGGAACCAGCCGUGAAAUUGAGCAGUGCGGGUCUCAUUUAUGCGCACUUCGGUAAAAGAGUAAUCACCGAGAUUGCUGGGAAGUUGAAUUCCGAUGAGGACUUGGAAGCGCUAUUUAAACGGGUAUGCUACCGGCACUUCAGUUCUUUCGAAAGCGUAGCUGUACAAAUGUUUUAUUAG